UACCCAGCAACUGAAGCUUUCUUUCUGGUUGUCUUCAGUUGAUACUGGCAGAGAUUGUUGUCAACAGUCUAUAAGGCUAAAUGUAUGUAAGUUGUCAACAGUCCUAAUUUUUCAGUUAAUUAAUGUUUUUUUUUCUGAAAGAUCCAGCAUUCCUGGCUUUGGAUUGGAUUAGCAGAAAGCAACGGUAACAGAAACAGAAACAUGCUGGGGAUACGAAGAUCAAAGAGUAAAAGGAAAGAAAAAUUCAGCCCUAAAGGCUGGGAAUGUUGGACAACACUCCCACGGUUGACCCCCAAAAGGCCGUCAACAAGGAUGCAAACGAUGUACCUUGAGAGAAGAAGCAGGAUUCGCCACAUCUGAUGAGGAGGAACACGAAAGAAGAAAUUGAUGAAAUGGUGUACCACGAAGAAGUUGCCUGAAAAUAGUGUUGAUGCUGAAUAAAAGCGUCACCUGCAGUAUUCUUGCUAGUAUGUCUUACUGUAUUUUCAAGCCUUAUUGCAGAUAAUAGAGUUGGUAAAAGAAAGCAACGCCGUACGUCAAGGUGGCUAUGAAUUGUUUCGACAACAGAAUUAUCUCUUCACCUGACUUUUUCCUUCCCUGGCACCCCAAGUCAUUGUCCAAAGAAACUGAAUGAAGUAGAUGUGACCUCGCACUGCUGACUAGGCAUGCAUAUGCGACUAUGCAAGUGUGCUUCUAAUCAGUUCAGUUCUGAUCAGACCAACCCAAGAAAAACUGGACGCCCGGCCCGGCAUUUCGCCUCCCUCACCGGACCGGCCCGGCCAAGCUUAGCUGCACCACCAACCCCGGCUUUGGAGUCGCCGAGUUUAUUUAUAGCGGCUACAACCAUUCUCCUGCCAGACACAAGCACAAGGUGAUCAUCACACACGCAGGCACGAACAGCGCGCGAUGGCCUCCACCAAGAGCUGGGCGCACGAGAUCGAGGCGUCCGUGGCGGCGCCACGCCUGUUCCGCGCCGGCGUCAUGGACUGGCACACGCUGGCGCCCAAGCUCGCCCCGCAGGUCGUCGCCAGCGCCCACCCCGUCGAGGGCGAGGGCGGCGUCGGCAGCGUCAGGCAGUUCAACUUCACCUCAGCCAUGCCCUUCAGCGUCGUGAAGGAGAGGCUCGACUUCCUGGACGCGGACGGGUGCGAGUGCCGGUCGACCCUCCUCGAGGGCGGGCACGUCGGCACGGUGAUCGAGACGUCCACGUCGUGCAUCAAGGUGGAGCCGGCGGCCGGCGGCGGCAGCGUCGUCAAGGUGGAGUCCACGUACAAGCUGCUGCCGGGCGUGGAGGAGGGCGAGUACGAGGUCGCCAAGGCCAAGGAGUCCGUCACCGCCAUCUUCAAGGCCGCCGAGGCGUACCUCAUCGCCAACCCGGACGCCUACAACUGAAUCAACUACAUACUAUCUUUGUGUGCUUUCUUCCCAAUCCAAUAAGGCUAGGCUGCUCCAGCCUUCAGGUAUGCAGCUGGUGACGCGAGAGCAGUGAGAAAGGACGUGGACCGUGGGCUUGAAGUUAAGAGGCUGUGUAUUUUGUAAGUGUCAAAGAGUGGUUUUGUUUGAUGAUGUUGCUGCUUGCUUAUGUGUGUGUGGUUUUUACGCAUGAAUAAAACUUAUAAAAGGAUGUAUUUUAUGAUUGAGAUACAAUACAUAGUCACGCCGGCACGUUUUUUGUCUUCU